ACUGUCCUUGAAGAAGCAUAAAAGAGAACAUUUAUGGGAAGUGCUUCCCUCAUCUUGUUCCAUCCCCAUGGAUUUCUCCUACUCAUUUACCUUUACAGCUUUGGUUCUGCUCCUCUCCCUAAUCUCCCUCACCUUCUUCACUGCGAAACUGAAACAAAAACAGACAAAGAACAAGUACCACCCCGUUGCCGGCACGAUUAUUAACCUGCUACUCAACUUUAAUAGAUUGCAUCAUUACAUGGCUGAUCUUGCAGCCAAGUAUCGGACCUACAGGCUGCUUUCUCCUUACAGGAGUGAGAUUCAUACCUCGGAACCUGCCAACGUUGAAUAUAUACUCAAAACCAACUUCGAUAAUUAUGGCAAGGGUGAGUAUAAUCACAGCCUGCUAAGGGAUUUUUUUGGCGAGGGAAUUUUCACAGUGGAUGGGGAUAAAUGGCGUCAACAGAGGAAGGCAUCAAGCUAUGAAUUCUCAACAAAGGUGUUGAGAGAUUUCAGCAGUGUUGUCUUUCGGAAAAAUGUGGCACGACUUGCCAAUAUAGUGUCUGAGGCAGCUAUUUCCAAUGACACAAUGGAUAUGCAAGACUUGUUUUUGAAAUCGACUUUGGAUUCAAUAUUCAAAGUUGCAUUCGGGGUUGAACUAGACAGCAUGCGUGGAUCCAAUGUAGAAGGCAAGGAGUUUGCAACUGCUUUUGAUAAUGCAAGUGUUUUGGUCGUUUACCGAUACGUCGAUCUCUUUUGGAAGAUCAAAAGAUAUCUUAACAUCGGAUCGGAAGCUGCAUUAAAGAGAAAUAUAAAAGUGGUUGAUAAUUUUGUGUAUAAGCUAAUCCAUAACAAGAUUGAGCAACUACGCGACUCCAAGGACGAUUCGGCUGUAAUAAAAAAGGAAGACAUUUUAACUAGAUACCUCCAAGUGAAGGACACUGACCCAAAAUACUUGAGAGAUACAAUUAUUAACUUCACAGGUGCUGGAAAAGACACAACAGCGUCCACUCUGUCGUGGUUUAUAUACAUGCUUUGCAAACAUCCUGAUGUUCAAGAAAAGGUUGCCGUGGAAGUGAAGGAAGCAACAAAAUCAAUGGAGGUUAAAGAUGUUGAUGAAUUCGCUGCUAGCCUGAGAGAAGAGGCUUUAGAAAAAAUGCACUAUCUUCAUGCAGCUAUAACUGAAACUAUAAGGCUCUACCCGGCAGUUCCUAUGGAUGGAAAGAUAUGUUUCUCUGAUGAUACUCUGCCAGAUGGUUUUAGUGUGAGGAAAGAUGAUUUGAUUGUUUAUCAACCUUAUGCAAUGGGUAGAAUGAAGUUCAUUUGGGGUGAUGAUGCAGAGGAGUUCAGACCCGAGAGAUGGCUCGACAAGAACGGCAUGUUCCGAUCAGAAAGCCCUUUCAAGUUUACAGCUUUCCAGGCAGGGCCUCGAGUGUGUCUGGGUAAGGACUUUGCCUAUAGACAGAUGAAGAUUUUCUCAGCUGUUCUUCUCCGUUGCUUCGUAUUCAAAUUGAGUGAUGAGAAUAGAGCAGUGACAUACAGGACGAUGAUCAAUCUUCAUAUAGACGGGGGCCUUCAUGUUCGUGCAUUUCACCGAUGUCGGACUUAAAACCAGGUCCUUACUUCUUGUUCGACCAAGGGUUUCAUCUACUAACCGGCUCCGUUCAUUGUACCUAGCAAUUCCAAACUUUAAAUAUAUCCAUACCACGUGAAACCUGAACCUUCUCUGUCCGAAGAAAAUGAGUUCAGGG